AUGGCAUGGGCCCUUGUCACCCCGUCCUCACGCGGCAUCGGCGCCGCCCUCACACGCCACCUCCUCCAGACCACACCACCCACCCUCCCAAUCGUCGCCACAGCGCGCUCCAGCAACCUCGACGCCGUCCGCGAGUCUUUGCUCGCCGACAUACCCUCCUCAUCCGACAACCACUCCCGUCUGGACGUCCAACGCUGCGACUUGCUCGACGAGAAGUCGAUCAGCGACCUAGCAUCCUACUGCAAGGACCGGUACAACGAUCGCUCCAAGUCCAAAUCCGCACACUUGCGCAUGGCAUUCUGCCUCCCCGGCAUGCUGGUGCCGGAGAAGGCGCCGGAGAAGAUCGAGUAUGACUCUGCGCUGGACACGCUCAAGUUGAAUCUGUUAGCGGACAUGAUGCUCGCGAAGCACUUCACCCCUUUCCUCCCGAAGAAAUCCGCCCAACUAGACCCCAUAGACGGCUUACCCGCCGACAAGGCCGUGCUGGCUUUCAUGUCGGCGCGCGUCGGCAGCAUCUCUGACAAUUCCCUGGGCGGGUGGUAUUCGUACCGCGCGAGUAAGGCUGGGGUGAAUCAACUGGUGAAGAGUGUGGAUAUUUAUCUGAAGAUGCGGGCGGAGGGGAAGGCGAUGUGUGUGGGGUUGCAUCCGGGGACGGUCAAGACGGAAUUGAGCAGGGAGUUUUGGGGAGGAGUGCAGGAGGGGAAGUUGUUUAGUGCGGAGUAUAGUGCCGAGCGGCUGGUUGAGGUGGUGAACGGGCUGGGGGUGGAAGAGGGGAGGGGGAGGUGUUGGGACUGGAAGGGGGAGGAGGUCCCGCCCUGA